GCCGUCAAGGUGAAGGAGACACAGUCAAUGAGUGAACGUGGUAUAAAGUGACAGGCUGGGAACUGAUUCAAGUACGACCCAGGAGGAGUUGAAAAGAAAGAAAAAAAACUAUAUUUUGAAGGCUGUUUUCUUUUUGGAUUUGCGGCCUCAAGGGGAGAUAAUAUUUGUGAGAGCCCCAGUCCUCCUUCCUGUGACACCUCAUCAUGGUGGACCUGUUCGUUGACCGGGUCCUGGUGAAAAACAACAAGGACCAGGAUGAGCUGGACACAGAACGAGAGAUCGUCAUGCGCCUGCAGAACCGCAUCCUGAUGCUCUUCUUUGCAUCUGCUGCAUGUGAGAGCUGCCAGCAGUUUGCUCCCACGCUCGCCGACUUCUUCAAAAGAUUGACAGAUGAAUUUUAUGUGGACCGCGCUGCUCAGCUCGUUCUCCUGUAUAUUAGUUUGGACCAGUCAGAGGAACAGCAAGAAAGCUUCCUCAAAGAGCUGCCCAAGAAGUGCCUGUUCCUGGCCUAUGAGGACCCCUACAGGAGGGAGCUGGAGGCCAUGUUUAAUGUGCAGGAGCUACCCACAGUGGUGGUGCUGCGGCCCGACUGCUCCAUCCUCAUCCCGAAUGCAGUGGAGGAGAUACUCGGCCUCGGCCCGGGCUGUUACCGCAACUGGCAGGAAGCGGCGGAGCUCAUUGACAGGAACUUCAUGAUCAACGAGGACUUUGAGGAGAAGUCCAUGCGAAGCUUGAGUGACCCGGUGAGAAGGCUGAAGUACAAGGUGGAAGACGAGAAGAAGAAGAACAAGAAGAAAAAGCGCAAAGGGUGGGGUGGAGGUGGAGAGGAAGAUGCAGAGGUGGAUGGAGGAGGGCCUUCAUGGUGAUGGAGGCCAAGAACAAGAGGACAAGACUGAGAGUUUCUCCAAAAGUUGCCAUGAUUAGCAAUUAAAGCU